AUGGCUGGCAUUCUCCGACGAAGCUCUCUUGAUGGUCGGGAUUACGUUUCUUGCCCAGUUGGCGGAGACUUUUACUUGUGUGCAGAUGUUAACUAUGACACCUUCCUGGGCUGCUGCAAUGCCAAUCCUUGCUCUGGUCGAAUGUGCUCUGAGGACGAUCUAUCGCCGAUGGGAUUCGGGGAAGAGACAUCACCAGCUCCAGAUUACCCAAACCAUUCAUGUCCUUAUGGCGGGCUGUGGUACACUUGUGCGGACAACGACCCACCUUUUCAAGGGUGUUGCGACAGUGACCCUUGCAAUGGAGACGGUUGUCCAAAAUCAGAUCUCCGUGCUGCAGGAGUUCAUACUGUCGAAGUUGCUGGAGGGUCCACCUUUACCGUCCCUAUGUCUACGACAACCACUACAACACCACCUAGCGACGACAUGUCAUUAACUUACAUCACAAUACCGACUAGUAGUAGCAGCAGCAGCAGCAGCAGCAGCAGCAGCACCCAGGAUCUGACCACUAGCUCGGACUACAGUUACUCCACCUAUACCUCCCCGAGAGAAUAUCCUCUCGAGGCUGGAACGUCGACAGCCACAAGGACAGCAACAAUCGUGGGAGGCACUGUUGGGGCAGUUGUUGUCCUGGCUUUACUGCUCGGCCUGGCUUUUCUCUACUACAACCGACGCAGUAAAAAGCAGAAGGCUUCAUCAACAAUUGCCCCUACACCGGUCGCCCCAGAGAAGGAUACCAAGUCUCUGCCGGAAUCUUCAGCAAUAUGUGACCCUAAAUCAGCUCGCACGGGCUCGUGUGUUAGUGCAAAUGCUCCAAUGCCACCAGGGUCACCAUCAUCAGGCUACAUGCCACUGCCGACUUACAGCAUAUCCUCUUCCGCAUUUCCCUCAGGAAUUCCCUCGGCAGCGACGUCGUCCUUUUUGCACGGAGGGCCCAGCAAGUCGGACUCAAUGGCACCCAGUGAGAUCAUGGGUACCGAGCUUAGUGAACAGGAAUACAAACAACGCACCAGGUCACAUAUGCUAGGCACUGGAAUGGAUGCACCAAUCGAGCUUGCGGCCUUUCCACUGUCUGCUGGAGCGAGAGACUCUGAUCUGCGCAGCGUGUCCUUUAUGUCCAGACCAGAUUCUGAGACAGGGAUCACGGGGUACUCUAAUCAAUCUCUUCGUGAGAGCACAGCGACAGGAGGUCUACCGAUUCCAAGACCUUUCUCCGGAUAUAGAAAUUCGUGACCAUUGAAGGAGUAGGGGAUGGAUUGCUUUUCGACAUUUUCACGUGUUUUCUACAGGGGUUUCA